AUGACUCAGAAAUCAUUAUUCGUUUUCUCAGAUAGACCACUUUACAUUACUGCGGAUACUAUGCGAGAUCCAAUCGUGGUGAACGCUGGACGUCAUGGUUUCUUCAGACAAAAUUACGACGAACAUGGCUGGAGGAAAAUUGCGAGACAGCUUAUGGAGGACCAUAGGAUUUAUACAUCUCGUACGAGAAACGCCAUUAUUAGUGACGCUUUUGCUGCUGCCCAUAUAGACCAUGUUCCUUAUACUACAGUGCUCGACCUCCUCAAAUACCUGAAGCACGAAAAAGUGAGUUAUUCUCGAGAUAUCUGCACGGAAUGA